AUGGCUUCCUCUCUUCAUCCUGUUCUUCUUGUCACAGUCUCAUGGAUCUCCCUCCUGGCUCUGCUAAUCUCACCCGCGCAAGCAGCCACCUGCACCUCACAGACAUUCAAGAACAACAAGCUCUACGCCCACUGCAACGACCUCCCCUACCUCAGCUCCUACCUCCACUGGACCUACAAUGCCUCCAACUCCUCUCUCUCCGUCGCCUUCGUGGCGACGCCGGCCAAAUCUGACGGAUGGGUCGCGUGGGCCAUCAACCCCACCGAGACCAAGAUGGCUGGGGCCCAGACCCUCCUAGCCUACAAGAACGAGAAAGGGGCACCAGCCGUCAACACAUUGAACAUCUCCUCGUACAACUCCAUCGUGCCGGGAAAACUCUCGUUCGACGUCUGGGACGUCAGCGCGGAGUUUUCCAAUGGCAACUUCACGAUCUUCGCCACCGUCAAGGUCCCGAAGGACGCGGCAUCCGUGAACCAGGUCUGGCAGGUGGGCUCCGCCGUCAACAAGACCUCCGGUUUCCCCGAGAAGCAUGACGUCGCCCCACCCAAUCUCAGGUCGUUUAGCAUCUUGUCCUUGGCGGCCAAUUCCACUACGGGCACUCCCGCUGGUACUAAUACCACUACCAACAGCACUGGUGGUGGUGGUAGCGGAGCCUUGAGGAUUGGGAGUGGAGGAAACAUGGGUUUGUUCUCUGUUUCGCUUUUGGUUCUUGGAGCUCUCAUUGCUCUCUAA